AUGGCUUCAUCAUUAGAUAAUAAGUCAUCAUCAUUUGAUGAAGAAAAACAUGAUACAAGUUUAGAACAUCAAAAAUCUGAAGAAUUAAAUCAUGCUAUUGAAGAUGAAAAAUCAAUUGGUGUAUUAAAAGCUGAAAUUUUAGCUAAUCAAUGGAAACAUACUUUUUGGUAUAAAAUAAUUUUAUUAAUUUCUGCAUUUUUAGUUGGUUAUGCUUAUGGAUUAGAUUCUCAAACAAGAUAUGUUUAUACUGCUUAUGCAACAGCUUCAUGGUCUGAACAUUCUUUAUUAACUACUGUGAAUGCUAUUACUGCUUUAACUGCUGCUGCUUCUCAACCAGUUUAUGCUAGAUUAUCUGAUGUAUUUGGAAGAUUAGAAUUAUUUAUAGUUGCUGUUUUAUUUUAUGUUGUUGGUACAAUUAUUGAAUGUCAAUCACCAACUAUUAAUGCUUAUGUUGCAGGUGCAGUAUUAUAUCAAAUUGGUUAUAGUGGAGUUAUAAUGGUUUUAUUAUUUAUUUUAUCAGAUAUGUCAACUUUAAGAUUUAGAUUAUUAUUUUCAAUUUGUCCAAGUUUACCAUUUAUUAUAAAUACUUGGAUUGCUGGUAAUGUUACAUCAGCUGUUGGAAUGAAUUGGAAAUGGGGUAUUGGAAUGUGGGCAUUUAUUUUACCAUUAGCUUGUAUUCCAUUUGUUUGUUGUAUGAUUCAUAUGAGAUGGUUAGCUGGUAAAACUGAAGAAUGGAGACAAUUUAAAUUAAAAAAAACAAAAUAUCAAGAAUUUGGAUUUUUAGGAUUAAUUAAAUAUUUAUUUUGGAAAUUAGAUGUUAUUGGUUUAAUUUUAAUGGUUGUUUCAUUAGGUUGUUUAUUAGUUCCAUUAACUUUAGCUGGUGGUAUUAAAGAUAAAUGGAAACAAGGUAAUAUUAUUGCUCCAAUUGUUAUUGGUGCUGUAUUAAUUCCAAUUUUUGUUCUUUGGGAAGUUUUUGCUAAAGAUCCUAUUAUUCCAGUUCAUUUGAUGAAAGAUCGUGGUAUUUGGUCUGGUGGUGUUAUUUCAUUUUUAUUUGAUUUUGUUUUCGCAGUUGAAGCAAGUUUCCUUUAUACUGUUUUGGUUGUUGCAGUUGAUGAAUCUCAAAAAUCAGCAACUAGAAUUACAAGUAUCUCAUCAUUUACUUCAGUUAUUUGUUGUUUCAUAUUUGGUUUAUUUGUUGUAUUCUUCCGUCGUAUGAAAGGUUUUGUAAUUUUGGGUUGUUCAUUAUGGAUGUUAGCUUUUGGAUUAAUGUAUCAUUAUAGAUCUACUUUAGCUGCUCAUUCAGGUAUUAUUGGUGCUAUGGUAGUUAUGGGUUUAGGUACUGGGUUUUUCACAUAUCCUAUAACUGUUUCAGCUCAAAGUUGUGUUAGUCAUGAACAUAUGGCAGUUGUUACAUCUGCUUUAUAUACUUUAUACAGAGUUGGUUAUGCUGUAGGUUCUUCAGUUGCAGGAGCUAUUUGGACUCAAACAUUAUUCACUAAAUUAUCAAAAUAUUUAGAACCAUCAAUUGCAACAAGUGUUUAUCAAUCACCAUUUGUAUUUGCAGAAACUUAUGAAUGGGGUUCACCAGAAAGAGAAGGUGCAAUGAAAGCAUAUGGUGAAGUUCAAAGAUUAUUAAUGAUUGUAUGUCUUUGUUUUGUUGCACCAAUGAUAUUUUGUGCUUUCUUUUUAAGAGAUCAUGAGUUAAAUAGAAAACAAAGUCUUGAAAAUAUUGAAGAAGAAGAAGAACAAGAUAGAUUAACUAGAUUUUUGGCUAAUUUUGGUAGAACUAGGUAG